GGAGGGAGGGGCAAUCUCUGCUCUCAGCGCACCCUCUCCUCACAAACUACAUCUCCCAUGAGGCUAUGCACGGACUGUCCUCCCCGAGAGCGGAAGUAGCCUGGGGCUUCCUCCGAGAGCUGGAAAAGUGAAGAGGGACUCUUCCCCGCCCUUGGGCUACGUUUCCGCCGCAGCCGUUCUGGUCGCCUCUGGGUAGGGUAGGCUUCCCCGCAGUCGCAGCCCCUCGGCGCCCCCUCUCUCGUGAAGUCUCCGGCCGGCCCUGGCUCCGCGCUGAGUCACGACGACACCAAGAAAAAAAAAGAAAAUCAUGCAAGGAGACGACUCCUCUGGAUAACCUGCGGCCCCGUCGGCUAAACGGCUUCCGUUGACAGAAUGGCUUCUUUUAAAAGAAAUCUCAGACAAGAACUGGUUUCCCAGUUUCACUCUUUAGCUGCUGAAGGAAACAUCACCAAGUUACCAGGAUUCCUCAGUCAACAUCCAUUUCUCAUAAAUGAAACUUCUGAAAAUGGUUGGACCGCCCUAAUGUACGCUGCAAGAAAUGGACACCCACAUGUCGUUCAGUUUCUGUUGGAAAAGGGGUGUGACAGGUCCAUUGUCAAUAGAUCAAAUCAGACUGCAUUGAAUAUUGCUGAGUUCUGGGGCUAUAAGCAUGUAGCUACCUUACUGUCUAAUGCCAUGGGUGUUCAGAAACCAUUUUUCCUGCUCAAUAAAAUGGAAGAAUAUGAAAAUUAUUUUAGCAAGACACUCCUAGACAGGAAGAGCGAGAAAAGAACAAAUUUGACAUGGCUAUCAAUUAAACAAAACCAUCCAGACACAGUCUAUAUCCUUUUCUCAGAUUUAAGUCCAUUGGUUACGUUGUCUGGCCAACAGCCAGAAGUGAGGCUUUGUCGCUUGAACUACAUACAUAUAAAAGAUUAUUUGACCAAUCUUGAUAAUGUUAUCCUAGUUUUUCUUGGGGUAGAACUUGGAAUUAAAAGAGAAUUAAUUAACAGUAAGAUUGGGGAAGACUCAGAUGAGGAGGAAAAGGAUGGGUUGGUUGCUUGGUUUGCCCUUGGUAUAGAUGCCAUCUCUGCCGAAGAGUUUAAACAAAGACAUGAAGACUGUUACUUCCUUCAUCCUCCAAUGCCUGCUCUCCUACAGUUAAAAGAAAAAGAAGCUGGGGUAGUAGCCCAAGCAAGAUCUGUUCUUGCCUGGCAUAGCCGAUAUAAGUUUUGUCCGACAUGUGGAAGUGCAACUAAAAUUGAAGAAGGCGGCUAUAAAAAAGUAUGUUUAAAAGAAGACUGUCCCAGCCUUCAAGGAGUUCACAAUACAUCCUACCCAAGAGUUGAUCCAGUAGUAAUCAUGCAAGUUGUUCAUCCUGAUGGGAACAAGUGCCUUUUAGGCAGGCAGAAAAGAUUCCCUCCUGGCAUGUUUACAUGCCUUGCUGGAUUCAUCGAACCUGGGGAGACAAUAGAAGAUGCUGUUCGAAGAGAAGUAGAAGAGGAAAGUGGAGUCAAAGUUGGCAGUGUUCAAUACAUCUCUUGUCAGCCUUGGCCAAUGCCCUCCUCCUUAAUGAUUGGUUGCUUGGCUGUUGCUGUGUCUACAGAAAUUAAAGUUGACAAGAAUGAAAUAGAUGAUGCUCGCUGGUUCACUAAAGAACAGGUUAUUGAUGUUCUCACCAAAGGAAACCAACAGUUGUUCUUUGUGCCACCAAGCAGAGCUAUUGCACACCAGCUAAUCAAACACUGGGUUGGAAUGAAUUCUAACCUUUAAAUUCAAGAACCUGGCUUUGCAGCACAUUAUUUUUUUUCUGAUCACUGAUUAGUCUUAAGUCAAUUAGAAACAUUUGGUGAUCUUCUAAAGCAUCAAAACUCGUGAUUCAUUGUAGCUUUUGGGAAUUUUAUCUGAGUGUUAUCCAUCUUAGGAGCAGAAAACAAAAUUCAUUUCUAUGUAAGUCAAACAGUUGUCUCUCUCUAGGAAAAGAUGUUUUGUAGUAAAGAAGCAUGACUUUUAGGUCAUGAGAAUAAAGGUAAAGGAUUCAAACACUAAAUUCUAAUCUUGGCUAUUCUAACAUUUCUUUUUAGUCUUAGACAUAUCAUUUUAAAUGUAUUUCAUUUCUUCAUCUGAGAAGUGAGAAUAUACUGGAGAUGAUUUUCAGUGAGAAAUAGCUUAUUUUACAUUUUCAUCUUUUUUUUACCUUAAAAUGCCUUGCAGUGUUAUCACAUUUUCACUUAAUUAUUCACCAGAUUGCCCCCCACAUGCACAUGAAAAUUCAUUUAAUAGCAAAAGUUAUUAAUAUUCUACUAGCUUAGUCUAAGCUAGUCUACUCUAACCAUUUUUAUACUAGACUAAGACUAACCAGUGUUGCUAAUGAUCCCAGAGUGUCAUGUUAUCUUUCAAGAGUUGUUCAGAAGCAUAACUCUGUAGGAUAUAAUUCAAAUCUUGAAAUGAACCUAGGGUCGUAGGUGUCCCUGGGGGGAAAUGCUUUAUAUAAAAUUUAAAAUUAAAACUUUUUCAAAAAGGAUAUAAAAUAAGUUCUUGAUAAAUUGGUCUGUAUAAUUAAAAGGUACACAAGUAUUUGUGUGUGUUAUAAGAUGUUUCCAUUAGCUGAAAAAAAUCACAAAAGUAUAUUUAUUAAAAUAUACAUUUCAACUAAAUUUAAAAGUAUUCUAAAGAUGUGUUUAUACACAAAUUUAUUUUAGUAUCUAUUUGGGAGACUUCAUAGAAUUUAGAGUUGGAAGAGACAUAGUGAUAAUCUCAUCAAACUUCUUCAUUUUACAGAUGAAGAAACUAAGACCUAAAGAAGGAAAGUAACAUGCUCAGUGUCACAUAGCUAGUAGUAAUCUAGGAUUUGAUUCCAGGUUCUUGAACUGAUUCACUUUUCUUUCCAAAAUACCAUGCUGCCUUCUGAUGCUGCAAUAUUGUAAUAGUGUACAUUUUUAGACUUUUUAAUUUAGAUUUUUUUGCCUCAUUUUAAAGUGCAGCAUUAAAUACAUUUUGAAAUUGUUUUAUUAAUCAAUUUAGAAAAAUGCAGAUUUAUAUCACAGGAUGUGACUUCCCUUUCAAGAUCUAGAAAAGAAACUUUAGAAAAUACCUACUCCCAAACCAAGAGAGAUUAAGUGAUUUACCUUGAUGGUAUUUUAUACUUGAUACACUUAGGACCUAUUAUUGAGAAGAUAUACAAAAUAAACUAACACCCAAAGAACAUAUAUCCAGAAAUUAAAAUGGAAUUCCUUCUCUCCAAAAUCAAAAUACAAUUUUCUAAAUUUUAGAUAUUUAUAGCACACUUGAUCUAAAUAAGAGUUUUUUUAAAAAAAUAAUUAUUAGCAUUGUUUGUCUUAGUAAUUGAUAUAAAUUUUAACAACAUAAGUUUAAAUCCAAAUUAAAACUUACACAGUACAUUCCAAAGCCUAUUAAAGAUAAGCAUGUAGGAAAUAAUUUGCCUUUAUUAUAAAUUAUAGUGAGUAGAAUUAAAUUUUCCUUCCAAAUAGUAAGUUCUAAAAAUAGUACUUAAGUGAUAUUUUUAAUACUUGCAGAUUCUAAAAGUACAUGCUGGAAAUUAUAAUUUCCAUAACAUUUACUUAAGAGUGUUAAACAGCAUAAGUUAAUUAUUUUAAAGAUGUAAUUAUAAAAUUAUAAAUCUGGGGAUAUUUUCUCAGGGAAAAUAAGUAUCUGAGUAAUUUUUAUAAUUAUUCUUCAUUGUCCACCUCUGAGAGGUGAAAAUCCAAAUAUAAAUAGUGUAGCCAAUUCAAAAAGGAGGCUGUGUAAGUACCAAAUAUGUAUUGUUUUAAAUGUAUGUAUUAAUAUAUUAAAAUAUUUACUCAUACA